AUGGAAGAACCAACAGAUCUGCUCAAAGGGAAGGAGGUUAAAAAUGUUGUGGCUCUCUCUUUGUCGUUCUUGCUGGUGUUCACGUCCUACACAGCCAUACAAAACCUCCAGAGCAGCCUAAACCAGGCGGAGAAUCUGGGAAUCAUUUCGCUGUCUGUUAUCUACGGAUUCUUUAUUCUUUCUGGAAUCAUGGCGCCUGUCAUUAUCGGGUUUAUUGGAGUCAAGAAAGCAUUCCUUGUAGCUUGGGUGGCCCACGUUGUCUACACGGCGUCUAACUUCUACCCUUCCUUCUACACGCUGCUUCCUGCUUCAGUACUCCUUGGAGCAGUUUCGGGCUUUCUUUGGACCGCUGAGAAUACCUACCUCUCCAUAUGCGCCUACUCCAAGAGUUCGUCCUCGGGCUCCAGUCCGUACAGUGUCCUCAGUCGGAUGAAUGGCAUAUUCUUCACGUCGUUUCAGUGCACACAGAUAACAGGCAGUUUGGCGGCAUCCUUUGUCUUUCAACAGGGGACUUACAACUCAACGGGGAAUGAAACCCAGUGGUGCGGCCCCUAUGACUGCCCGUCGUCUGUCGGGAAUUCUGCAACCAUAGCGACUCCUCAGAUGUAUAUAGUCUACAUCUUACUCGGAGUCUUUCUCGCGUGCACCAUCAUUGGUCUGGUGACAACUCAGCUCUUCGUUGACCCGAUCCCUAUAUGCGCACGCGCCAGUCGUAAGCAGCUGAAGGCAUCUAUGACGUCAUGUGUCAACAUCCUGUUCAGAAGUCGUUUGACAUUUCUGAUCCCAUUGUUCCUGUACGUGUCCACGCACCAAACUGUAAUAUGGACAGACUUUACAAAGUCGUUUGUGAGCUGCCCUCUCGGUAUCCGAAUGGUUGGUUUCGUGAUGGCCACGUUCGGGGGGUCCACUAUGCUGUUCACCUUCAUCUUCGGCUACCUGGCUAAAUACUGCGGGCGAGUCUUGCUCUUCACUUUCGCCGCAACCGUCAACGCCGGCAGCCUCGUCUACAUGUACGUCUGGCAUCCCACCAGCAGCGACAGCCUCAUCAUCUUCGUCGCAGCAGCAGUCUGGGGCAUGGCUGAAGGCGUCUGGGAGACUCAGAUUAUUGCUCUGGUGGCUUUGCUUCUCCCGGACAACAAGGAAGCUGCCUUUGCCAACCUGCAAACAUGGAAGGGUAUUGGCUUUACGUUGACGUUCGUGUAUGGAACCUUUCUGUGUGUGCACGUGAAGCUGUUGAUAGCCAUCGUCCUCCUCGUGUUGGGGAUGACUCUGUACUACGGGGUGGAAAUUCAUCUCAAGUUCCGUACAGGAGGCGUAGACGUGACUGAAAACAGUGAAAAUAUCAACGGUAUAGCAAUGACAGAAGAACAUGUUAUUGAACACGAAAAUUAAUAAUCAUUUGUUACCACACUGGUGGGUGGCUGGCUAGC